AUGGACCGUGGUAAGAGACAGCGCUUGUCUGGGUCACAAUACAAGAAAAUUAGGCUUCAACGUGAAGCAAAUUCUGCCAAGCAGAAGAAUGCUUUGUUGCACUUUUUGGGCAGGUCAUCAAGCGAAAAAGCACUGGCACCUAUAGUAGCUUCAACUUCAAACCAAAAUGAAGUUGAAAUUGAAAUCGAAAGCGGUGGAGAAAUAGAAUAUGCGGAUAGUGUUAGUGUUAAUGAAUAUAGAAAUUCUGGAAAUGAUGAUACUGCUAAAGAACCAGAAAAUGUUGAUGAAGUGGAAUUUAUCUCCAAUUUAAGUGAAGUUGUUGUACAGAACGUCGAUGAUAUAGGACAAAAUGAAAACAAUGAAGAUCAAAGUGGUGAAGACCCCAAAACCAAUAAAGAUUUGCCUCUUAAUUUUAAUGAUCCGGCAAAAUGGCCUAUAAUAGAUGGUAAAUUUAAAGCAUUGCUGAUGAAGUAUGGUCCAAUUCAAAAAUUGCCGUCUUUAUUUCCCGAAGAUGAACAAGAAAAUUUUCAAGCUUUCAUUUUUAUCGCCGAAUGUCUAAUGGCGAUAAAAUUAAACGCACUUGGUUGGUGUACUCCAUUACGAAAGACACUUGGCCACACUACUGCAUAUCUAAAUUGGAGAGAUCUGGAGGUGAGACUUAAAUCAGGGGCUACGAUUGAUCACAUUAAUCAGAAAAUAAUUCAAUCUGAAACUCAACAUUGGCGACAAGUUCUUGCAAGAAUAAUAACGUUAAUUAGAACUCUUGCUGGACAAAAUCUAGCAUUAAGAGGAACAUGUGAAAAGCUUUUCGAACCGAAUAACGGAAAUUUUCUUAAAUUUAUUGAAUUCUUAGGAAAUUAUGAUCCUAUUAUGAGUAAACAUAUUCAACGAAUAACAACAAGUGAAAUUCACACCACCUAUCUCGGAAAAACUAUUCAAAAUGAAAUUGUUGAAUUGCUUGCUAAUAAAAUCAAAAAUGACAUCUUAGCAAAACUAGAGCGAGCAAAGUACUACUCACUUAUUUUAGACUGUACCCCCGAUAUAAGCCACAUGGAGCAGAUGACAGUUGUUUUUAGGUUUGUCAGUGCAACUGAAUCAUCUUCGGAAAAACCAGCUGAAGUAGUAGUUUCUGAACACUUCGUAACUUUUCUUGAAUUACAAGACACAACGGGAGCAAAUAUGACAAAAGUUGUUAUCGAUAAGUUGCAGGAAUUAGGCGUAAAUCUUGAUGACAUGAGGGGACAAGGGUACGAUAAUGGAGCCAACAUGCGCGGAAAAUAUAACGGUGUGCAAGCCAGAAUUCGUCAACUAAAUCCUCGAGCUUUUUUCGUUCCUUGUAGUGCCCACUCCCUCAACUUGCAUCAACUCACCGUUGGAGUAUAUUAUUAA